AUGUAUCCCAUUCUCCCGGGUGUCAAUGCUUGGAAUUUUUACAAUAUUCCGAAUCCUCACAAGCGCGCCAUGGCGAUUGGGUGUCUAAUUUGCUCGGGUAAUGAGAGUGGAAUUAUUGGGAGCUACAUUUACAAAGAUGAAGAGAGGCCACGGUACUCCACCGGCGAUGCGAAGGCACUUCACUUGCGUUCGCUGCUGCUGGAAUUAAAUAAGAAGAAUGCUAUGAUGACUGUCUCUGAAAUUGAGGGGAAGUAUACAGAGGAUCAUUUUCACAAGAUGGAGGAGAGGAGCCCUUUGUUCAAGUAUAACUUGUGA